UCUCAAGACAAGAACAAUCUGCCUCUUCAAGAUGAUGAAGGAGAGUGACAACGAGAACUCUGUUGUUGGGUCAGAGAGGUCACUCCGGUGUGGCCUGUCCUGCCUCGGUCCUCUGACCUUCUACUCUCAGGCUGUGGGAGACAAUGUGCGCCUGAGCCAGGGGUUUCGACUCGCAGAGAGGACGGAGAAGACGUUCAGGAACGGCCUGGUGUUCAGCAGCCGCCCAGUGAAGGUCCAGGAGAGGAUUCGUCUGAGGGUGGAGAAGGAUUUGAUGAACUGGCACGGAACUCUGCGUGUGGGCUUCACCAACGUGCCACCUUCAGCCAGAUCUCAGCCUCUGCCCGACAUGGCCAUCCCCAACCUCACUGACAUCUCCGGGCACUGGGCUGCUCCCGUGCAUGAAUCCUACUGCCAAGCAGGUUCAGAGCUUGAGUUCUGGGUUUCCAAUGGAGGCUCCUUAUACAUUACUAGCAACAACAUCAGGCAGCACAAACUACUGACAGGAGUGGAUCUGAGCAAGCUGCUGUGGGCCAUGAUAGACAUCUACGGACAGACGUGCUCCAUUUUCCUUCUGGGCUCAGAGAAAAGGGAGCUGUUUCGCACCAGAAGGUCCUGUCCUGCACCUGAACGCCCCACCUCACUGGAUGUUGACAUUCCCAGCAGGAUGACUCCUGCUGUGUCGAACCUCCACGGAGACAGCGAGCAAUGCAUCUCCUGUCUUGACAUGGAAGUCCCAGCAGUUGUUGGGUCAGAGAGGUCACUCCGGUGUGGCCUGUCCUGCCUCGGUCCUCUGACCUUCCACUCUCAGGCUGUGGGAGACAAUGUGCGCCUGAGCCAGGGGUGUCGACUCGCAGAGAGGACGGAGAAGACGUUCAUGAACGGCCUGGUGUUCAGCAGCCGCCCAGUGAAGGUCCAGGAGAGGAUUCGUCUGAGGGUGGAGAAGGAUUUGAUGAACUGCCAAGGAACUCUGCGUGUGGGCUUCACCAACGUGCCACCUUCAGCCAGAUCUCAGCCUCUGCCCGACAUGGCCAUCCCCAACCUCACUGACAUCUCCGGGCACUGGGCUGCUCCCGUGCAUGAAUCCUACUGCCAAGCAGGUUCAGAGCUUGAGUUUUGGGUUUCCAAUGGAGGCUCCUUAUACAUUACUAGCAACAACAUCAGGCAGCACAAACUACUGACAGGAGUGGAUCUGAGCAAGCCGCUGUGGGCCAUGAUAGACAUCUACGGACAGACGUGCUCCAUUUUCCUUCUGGGCUCAGAGAAAAGGGAGCUGUUUCGCACCAGAAGGUCCUGUCCUGCACCUGAACGCCCCACCUCACUGGAUGUUGACAUUCCCAGCAGGAUGACUCCUGUUGUGUCGAACCUCCAUGGAAACAGCGAGCAAUGCAUCUCCUGUCUUGACAUGGAAGUCCCAGCAGGUGAAAGCAGGGCAAUGUCCUGUGUGGUGUGCAUGGCAAAAGAGGCCAGAAUCACUCUACCCUGUGGCCACAGGUGUUUGUGUGACCGCUGCGCCCCCAAGGUCUGCCAGCAGUUUGGCACCUGCCCUCUAUGUCGACGGAACAUCUGAGCACCAUCACUGUAGGGGAGGUCUGUCAUUUGGGGGCUCUAAGCUCCGAGACACCAGGCAAGGCUCAUCAAAUACAAGCUACUGAGUGACUGUAACAAAGAAAACACUACGAGCAGCGCCCACCUAAUGUGUCCUGGUAGCCCAGUGGUUGGGGAGGUUUGCCAUGUGACCACAGUGUGCCUGAUUCAAGCCCAGCCAGGAAACUUUGUCGCAUAAUUGUUAUUCAACUCUGUAAAAGGAUUUGUGAACAAAGAGUAAAAUGCACUUUUAUUGUGAUUGCCAAACAUCAAACAUUUUGAUGAGGACAAUCUAUGACUUAUUGCACUCACAGCAUAAAGAGUAAUGUAAUUUGCAUUUUUUUCAACUGUACAGUAUAUUUUGCCUUCUUGAUGUUAUA